AACACAUAAGUGAACUGUUGUCUUUGCCGAAAAGGCACAGUGCUGUCGAGUUCUUAAAUCUUUUUAUAACUUUUAUCGCAGCCUCUUGCUCUUGCCCCUCCAACCAUUCAUAUUGUAAAUAGCCAUAAUCCCAGUAAUGAAAAUAGCGGUGAGCCAGCAGGAGGAGGUAUCAUCAAUGCCAGAAAUACACACACACUGACAGACAGGGAGAGUGAGAGAGAGAGAGAGAGCGAGGGAGAGUGGUUGCUAAAGCCGAAAGAGAAGGGAGAGCGUGGGGGAUGGACAGAGGGAGACAAAUAUCAGCAAGGCUGGCUGCAGCAACAUGAUCCGCCUCCCGUCGAGAGAUCCAGGCACGACUCUCGAGAUCCGCCCCCGCGCUUUCGCAUUAACUAUCAGAGUUGCAGUGAUGUGAUGUAUCCUAGGAUCCGUUGCGGGGCAGAAUCUUUUUUUAGUAAUUUUGGUGUGGAUGUAACGGUGCCGGUGUGCUGCAGGGGGCAGGUGAUGUGUUGGGGAGGGCAACGUGGAGUAAAUUGGGGGGGGGGGAGUGGCUGUUGUUCGGAUCAUGCGGAGGGAGGCAAAUUUUGUAAUCAGGGUGACAAUGAUUUGCGUGGAGUUGAGGGAUUGGCAGUGCUGUGAGGGUGUGUGUGUUUGCGAGGAAGGGUGCGCAUAUUGAUGAGCGGGUAGUAUGUCUGGUUGUGGUUUAAGAGGUGAACAUGGAAAGCGAUAAGUUGUAAAGGGGAGGGGAAGCGAAAGGAAUAGAGGUGAUGCAGUGUCGGCAGUAUGAGGAGGAAAAAGGGAAGGCGGACUUGGGAAAGAGAGUGAGAAAACAGAAGCAGAAGCUGCUCAAACAGAAGUCAAAAGAAAAAGGGAAAGUGCACAUGGAAGUGGGUGCAGGAAUGUGGGGACGUUGGAGCCGCGUGCGCUGCAUUCCGCUGCCCAGUGCUGUGUGUUCCAGUAUUCGCACUCACAUUGCGCAUCCUGUGCCUCAGGUGGUUGGAGCACCUGUUAAGGAGCACUCAGAAUUCGCCAGCUGGUUACACUCACGUGGUGAAGUGGAUACCUGCCAUGCUCUUACCGUUGGCAUGUCAAAUCACGGCCGGACACUUUUUGCGGCACGGCCGAUUGAAGUAGGAGAACAGGUAUUGCGUGUGUCGGGCGACCUUAUGAUUACUCCGAAUAAGUUGCCGACCGAGGUCAAAGAGCUUCUUCCUACUGGAGUGACUGAGUGGGCACGCCUUGCCCUUUUCAUUCUUGUCGAACAGCACCUUGGUCAGGCAUCACAAUGGGCACCUUACAUUAAUUGUUUACCCACUUGCGGGGCUCUCCACAGCACGGUAUUUUGGAAAAAGGAGGAAUUGGAGUUAGUGCGGUUUACCUCGUUGCACCGUGAAACGAUGCAGAGAAGAGCUGUUAUCGGAUCCGAAUUUGCAUCCGUUCUGCCUGUGUUACAGAAGUGUCCUCAUAUAUUUGGGGAGCGUGUCUUGCAUUCAAAAUUCAAGCAAGCCUAUGCUACAGUUUGUUCGCGAGCUUGGGGAAUCGAGGCUUUGCAAACUCUGGCAUUGGUGCCAUUUGUUGACUUCUUCAACCAUGAUUCCAACUGUCGUGCCCUGCUUUCGUAUGAUGAAGAGAGGGCUUGUGCCGAGGUCAUUGCAGACAAAAAUUACGCUAGAGGAGAACAGGUGGUGAUUAGCUACGGUCGUUUGCCUAAUACAACUUUGGCUCUUGAUUUCGGCUUUACAAUUUCAUGUAAUCCUUAUGAUCAGGUGGAAGUGUGGAUGGCAUUGUCGCAUCGUGACCCUUUGCGCAAGAUGAAGUUGGCCCUUCUUCAUGCUCAUGGAAUGCCUACAGUCGUUCAUGCAGAUGGAUCUGACAGUGGUGGUAAUGGAUUUCACUUAAGGGAGGUUAAGUCGGUCACAGGGCGAGGAAAAGGCAUACCGCAUGCUUUACGUGCGUUUGCACGUGUCCUUUGCGCAACCACCCCACAAGAAUUGUCAGAGAUGGCCGCUGAGGCUAUGAAAUACGACGGGCGACUAGCUCGUCUGCCAGCCAAAUCCAGAAACAAAGAGGCCCAAGUUAUGAACUUGUUGCUUGCGCGCUUGGAGAGUUUAAUAAAUCAGCGAAGUCUAGCGGCAUUGAACAUCUCCGAGUCCUGUCAUGGGGUGAAGCAGUCUGCGUGGAAGCCGAGUGCAAUUAUGGCAAGCGAUGUGAUAGCUGGUGAAAUUCGUGUGCUCCGGUCUGCUGCCGCUUGGCUUAGGCAUCAGACUUCAUCCAAUUGUGUGUCUGUCGGAUAGGGUCAUGUUUCUCUCUACACAUUAAACGCAGCAUACGAUCGAUAUGUUUGGUUGCAAGACUAUCCCAGGUUGUGUUCGUAAAAUCAUCUGCAAACACUUUCAGAAAACUGAAAUUAUUAGUGCUCAGUAGAUUCAGGAGGAAAGGCGAUUUUUAGCUUCAAAUUCUUUGUUGUUUUCUGUACAUCGUAUAGAAUUUACCAUGCUAGUAGACUUUAUGGUUGCAACAUAGAUUGCAACGUAGACUUUAUGCUUAACUUUGAGGCACAUGAGGAGGAUGGGUAAAUUUCCUAGUCAAAAUUUAUGAAAGUCGAUCUACAAUUUUUGAUCUUCCUUGUCUAUUUGGUAUAUGUAAUCACUAUACCUCGCCGACUGGUAUCAGUGCCAGUAGAAUUUGGAAUCUGCCUUUCCCUCUUGAAUUGUUACGAAGUCAGAAGAGGAUCUUUUAAUCGAAUUCAUGGUGUCAAGUAA